CACCGCCACCCCCCCCCACCCCGACCCCGGCCACGCGCCGCCCUCGUCCACCAUGUCGAGCUCACACAUCCUGCCGGACGGCACUCUCAACAUGUCGGACCCUCUCGUCCAAGCAAACGAGAAGUUGGCCCAGUACUUCAUGCAGGGAGCUGGCAACCCCGUCCCAAUCAACCCCCUCCCCGGCGUUAUCGUCGCCUCCAUUCUCGUCUCCAUCCUUGGAUCAUAUGCCACCCUCCUCGUUCUGGGCCGCCGCACUUCUCCCCGAGGUAUGCGCAACCUCGCCCUCCUUCUCCUUGCCGCCGUUUGCUUCGCCGCCGUUGCCGUCUGGGGCAUGCACUUCGUCUCCAUGAUCUCCAUUCGUCUCAACGCGACUCGAGGCCUUCCCGCAGUUGGUUUAGGCGGAAGCGGCAUGGAGGUUGUGUGGUACAUCACCUUCUCUCCAGGCAUGACUGUACUAUCACUCUUCGUCCCCCUCGUCGCAACAGCCUUCGCCUUCUGGUUCCUCGCAUCCGAGGCCGAGUUCAGCUACUGGCGUGGUUCGGUCUCUGGUGUCAUUGUUGGCCUAACCAUUGGUCUCAUGCACUACUCGGCUGCGUUCAAGCUUCCUUACCUCGCUCCAGAGUACAAGGCCGUCACCGUCGUCUUCGCCCUCAUCCUUGCGUGUAUCGCUGCUACCGUUGCCCUCGCUCUUUUCUUCCGUCUGCGUGAGCAGUGGCAGGACUCGUUCUGGAAGCGCUGCGUCUGUGCCGUCGCCCUUGCGACUGCCGUCUGCGGCAUGCACUACCUCGGUCUCGGAGGCGCCCGCUACUUUGUCAAGCAGGACAUUGCUCUAGAGGACAAGGGCGCCAUCCUCAACUCGCCUACUCGUGGCCCCUGGGUUCUUCUCUCUGGCAAGUCUCAGGCGAACCGUCUCACCAUCGCCAUUGGCGUCAUGUGCGCGUGCAUUAUUGCGCUUUCUGCAGCCAUUGCCAUCUUCGACUACCUCAUUCGUCGUGACAUUCGUAACAAGGCCCGUCACAUUGUCGUCGCCAGCGCUGCCUUCGACCCCACCGGCAAGCUUCUUGUGCGCCACGACGGAACCAUCCCCAUGCAGAUUAUUCAGACGGACGCCGACCUCUCGCGCGUCCUGAACGAGUUGGACCCCCGUCGUCCCACUUUCCAGUGGCUCUACCAGCUCUCCUUCAACUGGCAGAUUAUCACUCCCUUUGUGCCUCGCAUCCUGCGCGAGAUUGCCAGCCGUGGCAAGAAGACCGAGGCCCCGCCUCCGCCCACCUCGGACCGCAGCAUGAAUCGCUCGAUCUGGGAGCAGCUUCUUUUCCGCUCGCGUUUCGUCGAGGCCUGUGUCCUCCUUGCGCACCAGCUCGACCUCUCCAUCGAGUCGCUCGGCGUCAUGUUCGACCGCGUCCUCACUACCGGCACUCGCCAGCAGAACCCCGCCGAGAAGGCCCUCAAUGACGAGCAGAACCUCAAGGGCGACGACGAGAGCUCGAUUCACGGCAUCACCGUUCAGCUGACCGCGUCGGAGGGCGUCAUGCUCUUCAUUGUCCGCACCAUCGGCCACGGCACUCCGGCAGCGCACGACGUCCCGAACGCUGAGAAACUGCCCGGUGUGUCGACCGACAACAUUGACUCGUACCUCGCUCGCGGCUACCGUCUCACCGAAACCCGCUUCUUCUCCAAGACCCUCGCCGACAACAUGGGCGUCUCGAAGCAGGAGAUGGAUGUCUUCCUGUCUGCCUGCAAGACCUACGCCAAGCGUGGCACUCGCCCGGUCGUCCAGUCUGGCGGCGCUUACCUUGGUCUCUUUGGCGUCCGCCCAGCCUCGGACAAUGGUCUCGACGUUCUCGUGUACAACUUUGCUCGUCACCAGAUUCCUGCUUACCGCCUGCCCGACGUUGGCUACCCACUCUCGCCUAGCAUGAGCGCCUUCAUUCGCGACUGUGCCAAUCUGUCCAUGGCGGAGGUGCUACAGAGGUGCAACGAUGCUGUCCAGGACGCUGAGAACUCGGACAACGACUCGACGUUGUCUCUGGACGAGACACUGUACGAGUUCCAGGCUGCCAUUGCAGUAGCUGUCGAGGCUCUCACCACGGCGCUGCGCUGCUGGCCCGACCUUCCGGUUACCGCCCGUCUCUCGCCCGAAAUUCUUGACCUGCCUACGUCGGACACGGACGACAAGCUGCCUGCUCAGAUGAUCAUGUUUGAGGUUGUCCUGGGUGCUCCCGAGGCCCGCAUUACUCCUGUGCAGUCUCGCGCAUCCGGUGUUCAGGCUCCUGGUGUUCGCUCGGGCCGCCACGACUCUGACAAGCCCCCUCCCCCCUUCGUUUACACUCCUUACAACCUCUUCACGAAAUCGCAGACCAUGCUCAUGCGCGCUCGUGGGCGCGCGGACUUUAACCGAGCCACCCAAGCUGACCUGGGGCGGUUGUACCCCUUCGUAGCCAACGAUGUCGAGGCCGAGCUGCGCGAGGCUGAGGACAAGAAGUUCCGUCCCAGCGGCCGCUUCAACUCUCGCAUGUCCAAGAUUACCAAGGGUCUUUCGGUUGACACGUCUGGCCGUGCUCCCUCGUUCCGCGAGGGUGCGCACGAGAUGCAGACACCAGUCUCACCAACAUCUGAACUCGAUGGCGAGUCUUCUUCUCCGGGCGGCAGCGCUAGCAUCACGACGCUUAUGGGAGCAGCUGUUCUACCCGCCGGUGUUCGCAAGGUCGGCGACGGAUACGUGCGCAAGGCAAACUCGGUCAAGACGGACCGGUUCGAGGAGGAGGACGAUGUGCGGUCGCAGCCCACGACUGAUACACCGGGCCCGCCCGUGUACUCGGAGAUCCGUGUCAAGACUGAAGGGUGGUACUCGCGCUCGAUGCGGACAAUGGAGCGCAACGACCGCGGCGGGUUGCUCAACGGCGUUGACUUGAGCGAGUAGAGGCAGGGCUAGAGUCGUGUGCAGCCAGGGGUGCAGCACACUUGGCCCCCCGUGUAUUCAGUAGGCUUCUUCUUUCUGGGUAGUCUCUGGUGUGAACGAGACUUGGCAGCGUGCAGACUAUAGUAUUAAUCCCGUAUUUCAGCUCUACGCGCGAGCUCUUGUUCCACAUAGCGCUUGAUGUAUACACUUUGUAAUACCGGGAAGUGC